AUGGAUUGCCCGUCAUCCUUGACAGGCUUCUUCCAGAGUCAAAAAAAGCCCAGCGCCGGGUUCCGAACUCCUCGCGAGUACAACCUUACAUUUGCAGAGACGUGGAAAAAUUGCAGAGAAGGGUUCAGUCAGCCUCGGCUCCGAACCGCGUGCAAAGAGAGUUGGGAUUGCGCACCGUUUCCGAGAGGUGCAUCUCUUCGACUUACCAUCACCUUGUCAUCCUCGCCGUCUCUCUCGGACCGUCAUCGUCAUUGUCCUCUCCUCGCCUACACAGGGCCUGAUCGAUACCAUGCACAUCGGCCGCGUGAUUGCGUAGUGCAGCUCUUCGCCCAGCGAUUCGCAUUCUGGAGCCAGAGGUGGUCCACGUCAGUAUGCAGUACCCCGCCAUUUCUUCUUGAUCCUCUCCAGACUUUCGUCGCCCGCCUCGAGCUCCGCAUUCCUUUCAAUCCAUCGAAAGCGGAUCUCAAAGCCGUCAUCUUUGUCGGCGAGAUGCCAGGCUACGACCCUGUCCGUGAUGCCGGCGGUUCAGAUCGGCCUUCACCGCCGCCAAAUCAUCAGCCCAGCUACCACCCUGGCCAUGACUUUCGUCCGUCCCCGUCCGCGUCGUUGAAUGCACAUACAGCUUCAGCAUACAACGAGAAUCAGAACAUUUCCAGACCUGGUCUCUCUGGAAACAGCCUUGACAAGUACGGCGACACCGGUUCCGGCCAUGUUCGUCCGAGCGCACAAGAGGGCGUCCCUGGAACAUCCUUCGUAUCUCCCCGUUCAUCCACGAUAGCGCUUCCGCAUCAUCCACAAGACUAUGCAAGCCACGGCGAAGACUCUCACACAUCAUCGUCUCGUCGCUAUGAGCACAGCCCUCGAAACUCCCUCCACUCCGAAACACCGCUACGUUCCGCGCGACGGAGCGCAUCGAUCGCCGAUCUCAUUGCUGCGAGCGAACUAUCAGAAGCGGAUCAUGAAAGGCAUCGUCAGGAACAUCGCGAAUCUUUCCGCUACCAAGAAGACUCGACGGGAGACCGUAGCAUGAGCAGAUCUAGCAGCGCUUCUGGUGGAUUUCCAGGCGCGCCGUCGUCGGCCCUCCCACAUGGUGUCUCUCAUCCGCGAUUUUCGCAUCCAGCACCACUUCAGUCAGCUCGAUCCGAACGCAGCCCUAGUAUGGCACAUCUUCUGAACGAUGGUACAGCGGGUGCCGUCGUAGAGAGACCAAGGUCAGGAUCACAUUCCUCCGUUUCUUCUCACGUUUCUCACCCGCAGCACCAGCAUCAUCCCAGCCAAGUUUCUCCUCUCGGCCCACCUUCCGGCUACGCGCCUCCAGGAUCAUCCUCGUAUCCCCGUGAUCGGCACUCGACCAGUCAUCCUGUCGUCGGAGGUAGCCCUGGCCUCUACCGAGUGGGCUCGCCCAGCACCGCGUUUCCGUCCGGUGCGCAUCCGCCAAGCAUCUCGACACUGAACAGAGGUGGCUCCAGCCCCGGUUUCGCUCACACAAACUCGGUGCAUCCCGCCGAAAGGGCUCGCUAUGCUACACAACCCAGUCCAGCGGGUUACGCUCCUCCGUCUCGCUCUGCAUCCUACGCGUACCCUAGCACCUCUUCGAGUCCAGCGUCGCACCCCCACGCGCAUUUGCAGCCCUCGCCAUCACAUCGUUUCGCCGUGCCGGAGGUGCCAUUUGUCCGCUCGCCCGAAAGCAGACGCGUCCCGCUGCCGCAUUCUCCGAAUUUGAUGCCUCAUGCACAACCGAGAUCGUCUUCAACGCACGCUCCGACGUCAUCCUGGUAUGCAGAUGAGCACGAUGCACCCUCGACAGCAGGUAUGCCACCGCCUCCGGUCCAGGCUUCUCCUCGCCGAGGCAGCCUCGCCAACUCAAGCUACCAGGGUCAAUCCUACGCUCACGCUACACCUGGCCACAGCGUUCCGCCAAGUCCGGGAGGCUCGGCUCCUCACGGCGGCUACCCAGUCACGCCGGGCGCCCGAUCGCUGCCGCCGCGGACGCCCACCUCUGGUUACGCUCGUAUGGCUGGCGACGGGUACGACGAGAGCAACUACUUUCCUCGCAUGGAUGACCGUGCUCCAAGCGUCUACGACCCAACACGCGAAAGGUCGGGCAGCUUGACCAGCCCUUACCUGCAACGCGUCGAGCAUGGCGGCCACAACAACCCAGACUUUGCACCGAGAGCGGAUCACGAACGUGCUUACAGUACACAUUCCAUUCGCACGCCCGGCUCGGAGUUUCAUGCGGACGAUCUUCACCAUGCAGGCACGCAUGCGCCUCUGGCUCUGCCUCCUGUUGCGAAGUCCCCCUCCUUUGGACCGCAACGACGCCAGAAGCCGGACGACCACGCGGAACGAAUGGCUGUGAACGGACGCCGAGACAGCGGCGAACAUGCUCAUGCGCAUGCACCGCACUAUUCGGAAGAUCGACAGGCCGAGUCGAACGGUGCGAGGGCCCGGCUGUUGGAGGAGCAAUAUGGACUUGAAGGGUCCAAAUCUCAAGAUCGAUCCAGGCGUGAUUCUUUGGGACAUGAACGACGCGAUAGCAGUCCGGCGGCGUCAGCGUCUGCCGAGCCUGGUGACACGAGCACCGCUGUCGAAUCAAGCAACGCGCUGACAGCGCAGCGGAAUGACCGUAAGAGACCCCGCGACGCGUCCGUUGCCUCGAAUGGAUCGGCGCAAAGCACACUGGAGACGGACCAUCCAGCGCCAGUCAAGGUCGAGUCGUCGGCAGAGUCAACCGACGUGCACAACCAAGACAACGUGGAGCCUGUCGACGUUAUUGCUCCGCUUCCACGCUACGCGCCGACGCGUCGAGUGUCGCAACCUAGCCAAGUGAUGCGUCCGAUCGGUAUCGAAGAGAUCGAUCGCAAACGUGCACGAUGCCGCAACCCGCUGCGCCGCGAAUGGGAGCAAGCGCACAAAUGUGACAGCCGAGAAGCUCUCGACGAGAUCCUGCGCGACUUCCACAGCAAGCUGGCUGCGCACAACGCGGCAAAGUCGGCAUCGAACGGCAACGACACGAACUCAACGGAUGCCAAGAAACGCGCCAUCGGUGAUACCUUGGAGGAUGCCGAAGAGGUGGCAGAUCACUACAACAAGCGUCGGGAGGUGGGCAUCCACGGGCGCGAAGAGUCGCCCAUCAUCGCGCUGCGCAAGUUCAACAACUGGAUCAAAUCUGUGCUCAUCGGCACUUUUGCGCGUGGUCGCGAUCCGUCUUUGGACGGCCGAGCACGUGCGCGUGGCGGACGAAUCCUGGAACUGGGUUGCGGCAAGGGCGGAGACCUGAAAAAGUGGGAGAAGGUGCGUCCGAGCGGGCUGGUUGGCGCCGAUAUCGCCGCAGUCUCGAUCGAGCAGGCGAUCGCACGUUAUCGCGACAACAGGCACGGCUUCUCGGGCGACUUCUUCGCCUUCGACUGCUUCUCGAUGGCCUUGACCGAAGUGAUCCCCCGCGAGCUGCUGCAGCCCAUGUUUGACAAUGUGACGCUGCAGUUCUGCAUGCACUACGCGUGGGAAAGCGUCGAAAAGGCAAGGAUGAUGUUGGACAACGUCGCACGCUACCUACGCAAGGGAGGCGUAUUUGUCGGGACGAUCCCAGACAGCCGCGAGCUUCGCGACAGGCUGGCAGCAAGCGCGCAUCCCGGGGACCGCUCGUUUGGCAAUCGAUACUAUAAGGUGGUGUUCGACCAGACAGAGAGGUGGCCUGCGUUCGGCAACCGGUACACAUUCUUCCUCGAGGACGCGGUGGAGAACGUGCCCGAGUACGUGGUGGACUUUGAGGUGUUCGAGGAUCUAGCACACGAGGUCGGACUGCGCUGUAUCUAUCGAAAGAACUUUGCAGAGAUCUAUGAAGAGGGGUCUCGACAUCCGGAGCACGGUAAGCUGCUGGAGAAGAUGAGGGUGGUGGAUCGAUACGGCUCGCUGAACCUGGACGAGGAAAUGUGGCAGGCGGCCACACUCUAUUUGGGAUUCGCCUUUGAAAAGAUGUGA